CUCACAUAUCAACCAUAAAAGACAACAGAAGAACCUGCGUUGAAGUGGUACCGAUUAACAUUAAUUCGAACAAACACCCCAUAGUUUGUUACUGUUUCUUACAGCAAAUUAUUUUCUAUUUGGUGCUACAUUGAUCUACGAGAGUAAAAUUUGAUCUGAUAGGGAAAUGGGCAGAAGCAGGAGUCGAAGUCCUCCAAGACGAGAGAGAAGGCGUUCCCGGUCGACUUCACGGGAGCGUGAGCGAAGGCGAAGGGAAAGGGAUCGCUCUCGUUCUCGAGACCGGGAUAGAGAGCGUCGGAGAAGUCGCUCUCGAUCUCCUCACAGGAGACGCUCAAGGUCUCCUCCCAGACGUCACCGCUCCUCUUCACCCUCUGACCGACGUGAUGAUGAGCGCAAAGACGCUAAGUCAACAAAACCCAUUCAGAUCUCAGCGGAAGACAUGCAGGGCAAAACAGAAGAGGAGAUUGAGAUGAUGAAAUUGAUGGGAUUUGGUUCCUUUGAUUCCAGCAAGGGGAGGAAAACCGAUGGAUCCGUCAAUGCAUAUGCUGUCAAUGUGACCAUGAAGAGGAAAUACAGGCAGUACAUGAACAGAAAAGGUGGAUUCAACAGACCACUGGACUUCAUCGCCUGAAAGUAUCACAAACUGAUUGUGAUGCCUGAGAAGCUUACCUCCAUUCUCCCCUCACAGCUGUGGAUAAUGUUAUGCCAUUUCUUGUUAUUUCAAACCUGUUUUGUUAGGCAACAGUUCUGUAUAUAUUUUUUUUUAGAAGUGGGUCUUAUCAGUGCUCAGCUGUGGCUGAAAAUUGAUAGGAGUUUGCUGAGUUUUGUUGAAUUGUGUGGCAUUUUAUUUGAAAUAAAAGCAUUUUAAAAAUGA